AUGGAAGGUCCAGAACAAAGAGGAGAAGGAAGCGGACAAGAGACCUUGAGAUCAGAAGUACAGUAUAGUAGAAAAGUUAAAAAUGCGGCGUCAAUGAUAUAUUCAAAAUUUGACUUUUUGGAUAGACCUUGGUGGAAGCCCUCUUUUAAUGAACGCGAUGCUAAUUAUUUUGUCUUAAAUGCCAAGCGCCUCCAACAUGCCAUAUCAUUAGCAGUUAACGAAACUGACGCGCUCUUUUGGAAAGGAUAUAUUGACCUUCAUCGUGAACAUUAUCUGCUCGAAUGUAUUUCUGCAGAAAGUGACGUUGACCUCACUAUCGACUUUAUACAACAGGCUCUAAAAAAACCUGGUAUUCGUAGAGUGUUUUUGAGCUGGCUUUGCGGAAAAUUUUUUGCAUCUUGUCUCAUACCCGAAAGAUCUUUACAUAUGACUAAAAAAGUGAAAAAUGUCCAUUACACCAUUAUCAGAAUUUUUCCAUCAAUCUUCUUUCCUGAUCUUCAGCUAGAUAAGUUUACACCUUCGUUUGCACAAAAUUUGCAUCGACAAAUUGGAAAUGAGUUGAUCAGUAACGUGGGUCAGUAUAGAACGCGACACGUUAUGGCUGUACAAGAAAACUAUGUAUAUUUAGCACCGGAUUUGAUCGAGGGUAAAAUGAACGAGUUAUCCUGUCAAUGUAGAGAGAAAUUUGAAAGGACAGACUUACAGUUGGAGGAAGCUAUUAAAUACGGUGCAUGUUUUCUUGUCUAUUUCUUGACGAUUCACCCUUUUAUAAAUGGAAACGGAAGAGUAGCGAGGUUACUUUUAAGUUAUAUCUUAUCAAAGUUUACUGUGGUACCUCUUUCUUUAUAUACAGGAGCUAAAACACGGGAUGUGUAUUUACAAUGUCUCCGUGAAGCACGGUAUCAAGAACCAUUUAAUCCUAGCGCACUUGCAACCUUUAUACUUGAAUGUGUAUACAAGACGUUUUAUAACAUGUGCGUAACGAUGGAUAUCAAUAUUCAAAAUUAA